AUGGGCUGCUGGGGGGUGGGCAGCGCUUCUUCUUUUUUGCUUCCUUGCCUUGCGGUCUUCCUCCUGCUGCCGCUUCGUGCCUCCACUGAGCCCAGGCAGCUUUUCAAGGUUCUGGAAGAGCAGCCACCAGGCACCUGGAUAGGCACCAUUGCCACCCGGCCGGGCUUCACCUAUCGCUUAAGUGAGCACCAUGCUCUUUUCUCCAUAAAUGCUACAUCCGGAGAUCUGCACACACUUGCCACUAUUGACCGGGAGAGCCUGACCAGCGAUGUGAUGGACCUUGUGGUGCUUUCCAGCCAGCCAACGUACCCAAGUGAAGUGCGCAUCAUGGUGCUUGACCUCAACGACAAUGCACCUGUCUUCCCAGAUCCUUCUAUUGUGGUGACUUUCAAAGAGGACACAGGUAGCGGCCGACAGCUUAUCUUGGACACAGCUACUGAUGCAGACAGUGGAACUAAUGGGGUAGACCAUAGCUCUUACCGCAUUGUGGGUGGCAAUGAAGAGGGCCGAUUCCGACUUAACAUCACUCUUAAUCCUAGUGGAGAAGGAGCCUUCCUGCACUUGGUCUCUCGUGGUGGGCUGGAUAGGGAAGCUACUUCAGCCUAUCAGCUGCUGGUGCAGGUAGAUGACAAAGGGGAACCUCAGAAACAUGGAUUCCUACAAGUCAAUGUCACUGUUCAGGAUAUCAAUGACAACCCACCUGCUUUUAGCCAGACUCUCUACCAAACUCGAGUGCGUGAAGAUGCACCAGUUGGGGCCAGUAUUCUUCAGGUAAUGGCAGCAGAUGCUGAUGAGGGCACCAAUGCUGAUAUCCGGUAUCGUCUGGAGAGGGCAGAGAGUACUGGAGGAGAUGGAAGUGGGAUAUUUCCUUUUGAGGUGGACCCUGAAAGUGGGGUCAUCCGUAUCCGGGAGGUUUUGGACUAUGAAUCUCAACGGCAAUACUCACUAACAGUUCAGGCUAUUGACCGUGGAAUACCAGCUUUGAGUGGCCGUGCUGAGGCUCUAAUCCACCUGCUUGAUGUGAAUGAUAAUGAGCCAAGGGUCAAAUUUCGCUAUUUCCCAGCCACCUCCCGUUUUGCCUCUGUAGAUGAGAAUGCAGCACCUGGCACAGUUGUGGCAUUGCUGACUGUGAGUGAUGCUGAUUCACCAGAAGCCAAUGGGAAUAUUUCUGUAUCCAUCUUGGGUGGGAAUGAACAGCGCCAUUUCGAGGUCCAGAGCAGCAAAGUACCCAAUCUCAGUCUUAUCAAAGUGGCAGCUGCUCUUGAUCGAGAACGCAUUUCCACCUAUAAUCUCACCGUGGCUGUGACUGACAACUUUGGACGUUCUCCUCCAUCACCUGAUUCAGUCCCUUCUUCUCUGAGUCCAGAUGGCGCCUCUCCUGCCCCAGUGAGCCGCUCUUCUGUGGCCAGCCUUGUCAUCUUUGUGAAUGAUAUCAAUGAUCACCCACCUGUUUUUGGGCAGUCGGUAUAUCAAGUCAAUAUUAGUGAGGAAGUACCACCAGGCAGCUAUGUACAGGGCUUAAGUGCUACAGAUCAUGAUUCUGGUCUUAAUGCCAACCUGAAGUACAGCAUAGUUUCUGGAAACGAGUUGGGUUGGUUUUGUAUUAGUGAACACAGUGGCCUAGUUACUACUAAGAGUGUUGAUACUGUCAUGGCUACAUCUCUGCUAGGUAUUUCUGGUCAAGACGUGGCAGCAUCUGGUGGGCUGGACCGGGAAAUAGCUUCACAAGUGGUUCUGAAUAUUAGUGCCCGUGAUCAGGGUGUGCAACCUAAAAUUUCCUUCGCAAAACUGGUAGUGAAUAUCCUGGAUGUUAAUGAUGAAAAGCCCCAAUUUAGUAAGCCAGAUGGGUAUCAUGUUUCAAUAGCAGAAAAUACCCCUCCAGGAACUGAGUUGCUAGUCCUCACUGCUGUGGAUGGUGACUUGGGAGACAAUGGGACUGUGACAUUCAUCCUGCAAGAGAGCGAAAUUGGGGGAAAUUCAGGUGGUUUUCCAAUAGUUAGUUGGGGAGCCUUUCACUUGGAUCCUGUUUCAGGUAGACUUAGCACAAUCUCACAGUUAGACAGGGAAGAACAAGAACACUAUUCACUGCAUGUCCUGGCCACUGAUCUGGGCAAUCCUGCUCUCUCUUCAGUGGCUCUGGUCAAUGUGAGCUUGCUUGAUGUGAAUGACAACAGCCCUUUAUUCUACCCUAUUCAGUAUUUUGCUCACAUCCAAGAAAACGAACCUGCAGGCAGCUACAUUGUCACUGUGUCUGCUAGUGACCCAGAUCUUGGACUCAAUGGCAGAGUUAGGUAUAGUAUCUCAGCAGGAGAUACUUCCAGGUUUCAAAUUCAUAGUCAGACAGGGGUUAUCACCACAAAAACCACUCUAGACAGAGAAGAAAAAACUGCUUAUCAAUUACAAGUAGUAGCCAGUGAUGGUGGCAAUUUGCAGUCCCAGAAUCAGGCCAUAGUUACAGUCACUGUUUUGGAUACUCAGGAUAACCCCCCAGUAUUCACUCAGGAAAUCUACAGCUUUGUGGUGUUUGAAAAUGUUGCCCUGGGUUAUCAUGUAGGCAGUGUUUCUGCCCACACUAUGGAUCUCAACAUCAACAUCACAUAUCUGAUCACUACAGGUGACCAAAAGGGUAUGUUUGAAAUUAACAAAAUGACUGGCUUGAUCACCACUGCUGGUAUUAUUGACAGGGAAGAGCAAGCAUUUUACCAGCUGAAAGCAGUGGCCAGUGGUGGAACAAUAACUGGAGAUGCUCUGGUCAAUAUAACAGUUAGAGAUUUAAAUGACAAUUCACCCCACUUUCUUCAUGCAGUGGAAAGUGUGAAUGUGGUUGAAAAUUGGAAUACGGGGCAUACCAUUUUCCAAGCCAAAGCUGUUGACCCUGAUGAAGGUGCAAAUGGCAGGGUUGCUUACAGCCUAAAACAAAAUCCUAAAAACCUGUUUAGUAUUGAUGAACAAAGUGGUGCUAUCAGUUUGACAGGACUUCUUGAUGUAAACGAUGGGUCUUAUCAAGUGGAGAUUAUGGCCUCUGAUUUGGGAGUUCCAGAACAUUCCUCUAGUUUCAUUUUAACUGUUUCUGUUCAUGAUGUAAAUGAUAACCCACCAGUAUUUGAUCAGAUUUCUUAUGAAGUCAUUAUUUCUGAAUUGGAGCCUGUGAAUUCCAGAUUUUUUAGUGUGCAUGCUUCCGACAAGGAUUCAGGUACAAAUGGUGAAAUAACUUAUAACAUAAUUGAAGGAAAUACAGGAGAUGCCUUUGGCGUAUUUCCAGAUGGCCAGCUGUACAUAAAAAGUGAACUAGACCGUGAAGUGCAGGACAGAUAUACACUAUUGGUUGAGGCUUCUGACAGAGCAGUAGAACCACUCAGUGCCACAGUAAAUGUUACUGUUAUUCUGCAAGAUGUAAAUGACAACAGACCACUGUUUAACAGCACCAAUUAUGUUUUUUAUUUUGAAGAGGAACAGAAAGGUGAAUCCUUUGUAGGUAAAAUAAGUGCUGUUGACAAAGAUUGUGGAUCUAAUGGGGAAGUCAGAUAUUUGUUUGCACACAUGCAGCCUGAUUUUGAAUUGAAUGCUCUAAGUGGAGAAAUAAAAAGUACUCAUCAGUUGGACAGAGAAUCCCUGAUGAGACAAAGGGGAGUUGCUGUAUUUACACUUACAGUUAUUGCAGUAGAUCAAGGGUUGCCAAAGCCUCUAAGAGAUCAGGCAAUAGUGCAGGUGUACAUGAAGGAUAUAAAUGAUAAUGCGCCAAAGUUUUUGAAAGAACUGUACCAAGCAACAAUAUCAGAAUUAGCCCCAAACCUAACACAAGUUUUAAGAGUUUCUGCUUCAGAUGUCGAUGAAGGUAAUAACGGACUAAUCCACUAUUCUAUAAUUGAAGGAAAUGAAGAAAACCAGUUUGCGAUAGACACUGGCACUGGCCAGGUGACUUUAAUUGGGAAAUUGGACCAUGAAGCUACUGCAUUUUACUCACUUACAAUCCAAGCAGUGGAUUCUGGGACAGAUCCCCUAAGCUCCCUUUCUAUGCUGAACAUCAAUGUGUUGGAUGAAAAUGACAACAGUCCUUCAUUCCCUAAAACUGUUUUAUUUGUUGAUAUCUUGGAAAACAUGAGAAUUGGAGAACUUGUAACUUCAGCCACUGCUACAGACUCAGAUUCAGGUGACAAUGCUGACCUUAAUUACAGUAUUACAGGAACGAAUAAUCAUGGCACAUUUAGCAUCAGUCCUAAUACUGCCAGUAUUUUCCUUUCAAAAAAGUUGGAUUUUGAAACACAGUCAUUGUAUAAACUAAACAUAACAGCAAAAGACAAAGGGAGGCCUCCGCGGUCUUCCACCAUGUCAGUUGUAAUAUAUGUCAGGGAUUAUAAUGACAACCCACCCAUGUUUACAGCUGGAGACAUAUUUAAGUCUAUUGUUGAAAACAUUCCUAUUGGGACCUCGGUCAUUUCUGUAGAGGCUCAUGAUCCUGAUGCAGACAUUAAUGGGCAGUUGGCAUAUACAAUCAUCCAGCAGAUGCCAAGGGGAAACCAUUUCCAUAUAGAUGAAGUCAAAGGGACAAUAUAUACAAGUGCUGAAAUAGACCGUGAAUUUGCUAAUCUCUUUGAAUUAACAGUCAAAGCCAUGGAUCAGGCUGUGCCUAUCGAAUCUAGAAGAUUUGCUUUGAAGAAUGUGACAGUUCUUAUAACUGACCAAAAUGACAAUGUUCCAACUUUUGUAUCCCCAAAUGCUUUGGCUGUAGAACCUUCUGUUGUAAUAGGUACAGUCCUAACUACAAUUGUGGCUGCCGAUCCUGAUGAAGGAGCAAAUGGGGAAGUUGAAUAUGAAAUAAUUAAUGGGGUCACCGACAUAUUUAUUCUGGAUCGCUACAGCGGAGAACUGAGAGUGUCAUCAGCUUUAGUGCUAUCCCAGCUUAUGUACAGCUUCAUCAUUUCAGCCACAGACCUUGGCCCUGAAAGAAGAAAAUCAACCACUGAGAUGACUGUAAUUCUACAAGGACUUGAUGGCCCUAUUUUCACUCAUCCAAAAUAUAUUACUAUUUUAAAAGAGGGCGAACCUAUUGGGACAAACGUGAUAUCCAUUGAAGCAGCUAGUCCUCGAGGGCCAGAAAUUCUGGUGGAGUAUUUCAUUGUAUCAGUACGUGGUGAGGACAAAAAGUUUGGCCGCCUCUUUACUAUUGGCCGCCACACUGGGGUGAUUCAGACUGCUGCUGUUUUGGACAGGGAGCAAGGAGCACGCCUGUAUCUGGUGGAUGUUUAUGCCAUUGAAAAAUCUGCAGCUUCCCCUCGGACCCAGAAAGCUGAGGUUGAAAUAACUCUGCAGGAUAUCAAUGACAAUCCACCAGUGUUUCCUACAGAUAUGCUUGAUCUGACUGUAGAAGAGAAUAUAGGGGAUGGAUCUAAAAUAAUGCAGCUAACAGCUACAGAUGCUGAUGAGGGUGCAAAUGCUUUGGUAACUUACACCAUUAUUAGUGGUGCAGAAGAUAGUUUUCAUAUUGAUCCAGAAUCAGGUGAAUUGAUAGCUACGAAGCGGUUGGAUCGAGAACGCCGUUCCAAAUAUUCUCUACUUGUUCGUGCUGAUGAUGGUCUACAAUCUUCAGAUAUGAGAAUCAACAUUACUGUUAGUGAUAUUAAUGAUCAUAUACCUAAGUUCUCCAAACCAUGGUAUUCUUUUGAUAUAGGAGAAGAUACCACUCCAGGUUCUUUAGUAGCAGCUAUAUUAGCUACUGAUGAAGAUUCAGGCGUAAAUGGAGAAAUAACAUAUAUUGUGAGUGAAGAUGAUGGUGAUGGAACAUUUUUUUUGAACCCAGUUACUGGUGUUUUUAACUUAACCUGUGCAUUGGACUAUGAAGUACAGCAGUAUUAUAUCCUUACAGUUUGUGCACAAGAUGGAGGUGGACAAUCCACCAUUAACAGAGUUUAUUUUAAUAUAUUAGAUGUAAAUGAUAAUUCACCAAUAUUCAGCAUGGCGUCCUACAGCACUUCUUUGAUGGAAAAUGUACCUCCAGGCUCUACUAUCCUUAUUUUUAAUGUUACGGAUGCAGAUGAUGGUUCUAACGCACAGUUGUCCUAUAGUAUUACUUCUGGAGAUAGCCUAGGACAAUUUAGUAUUGACAAAAAUGGUGUUCUAAGCAUCAAGCAAACAUUGGAUCGUGAAAGCCAAUCUUUCUAUAGCCUGAUUGUUCAAGUUAAUGAUAUGUCUUUUCCUCCAGCCUUCAGAUAUACAAGCACAGCACAAGUAUCUAUUAUUCUUCUUGAUGUCAAUGACAAUCCUCCCAGUUUUAUCUCUCCAAGACUGACAUAUAUUCCAGAGAAUACUCCCAUUGACACCAUUAUAUUUAAAGCCCAAGCAACUGAUCCAGAUAGCGGUCCAAAUAGCUAUAUUGAAUAUAAUUUAUUAAAUCCUUCAGGAAACAAAUUCAGUAUUGGAACUAUAGAUGGAGAAGUAAGGCUGAUUGGAGAACUUGACAGAGAAACAGUUUCUAAUUACACCUUGACUAUAAUUGCCACAGAUAAAGGACAACCAUUUCUUUCUUCAUCUACAGAUAUAGUUGCAAUAAUCCUUGACAUCAAUGAUAAUAACCCUCUUUUUGCUCAAAAAUUAUACAAAGUUGAGAUUGCAGAAAAUACUCUGACGGGGACAGAUAUAGUCCAAGUAUUUGCUACAGAUAACGAUGAAGGUUCCAAUGGGCAAGUUCGCUAUACUAUAAUCAGUGGAAAUACAAAUAGUGAUUUUCGGAUCGACUCUGUCACAGGAGUAAUAACAAUAGCAAAACCUUUGGACCGAGAAAAAAUAGCAUCUUACUCAUUAACAAUCCAAUCAACUGAUCGUGGAAGUAGUCCCCGGAUUGAUACCACUACCGUCAACAUUUUUUUGUUGGAUAUUAAUGAUUACAUUCCUACAUUUGAGAUGUCGCCCUAUACUGUAAAUGUCCCAGAAAAUCUAGAAACAUUACCAAAGAUCAUUCUUCAGGUUGUGGCAAGAGAUGAUGAUCAAGGAAUAAAUAGCAAACUAACCUAUUUUCUUAUUUAUGGAAAUGAAGAUGGUGCCUUUACUCUCUCAGCAAAUGGAGAGCUUCACCUUGUACAGAGCUUAGACAGGGAAAAAAAGAAGCAAUAUAUCAUGUUGGUCACAGCUGUUGAUUCAGGAAUUCCCAGUCUUACUGGUACAGGAACCAUUUCUGUCAAAGUAGAUGAUGUCAAUGACAACAUGCCCAAGUUUGCCUUUAAUAUGUAUUCUAAAACCAUUCCAGAGGAUGCACCUACUGGGACAGAUGUUUUGCUUGUAAAUGCCUCAGAUUCUGAUGGCUCUGUGAACGCUGUCAUCAGCUAUAGUCUCAGUGGUGGAAAUUCACAAUUCACAAUCAACCCUUCCACUGGACAGAUCAUUACAAGUGCUCUGUUGGACAGAGAGACUAAAGAGAAUUACACUUUGAUCGUUAUAGCCAAGGAUGGUGGCAUUCCAACUCCUCUUUCCAGUUCAGCCAGUGUUUUUGUCACAAUUGCAGAUGUCAAUGACAAUCCCCCUAAAUUUCAACAUCAUCCUUACGUCACUCAUAUACCAUCACCAACAAGUACAGGUACUUUUGUAUUUGCAGUGACAGUGACAGAUUCUGACACAGGUCCUAAUGCUAAACUUCAUUAUUCCCUUUCGGGAAAGAAUUCUGAAAAAUUCCACAUUGAUCCAUCAAGAGGGGCAAUUAUGGUUGCUGACAGACUUUCUGGAACAUCCGAAAUUACCUUUACUGUGAAUGUCAAUGAUUGCGGCCUGCUUCCAAAGAUUGAUUCCACAACUGUGACUGUAAGAUUUGUAAACAGAGCUGAUUUUCCUCAAGUGCAUACCAAACAACACAAAUUCAUGUUCCCUGAAAACCAAGCAGUUGGCACUUUUAUCACUUCUGUUUCUGGGGUGUCAUCGAGAGGUGAUUCUUUGUCCUACUUUAUCGCUAGUGGCAACCUUGGAGGUACCUUUCAGAUUGACCAAUUAACAGGGCAAUUAUCAAUCAGCCAGCCUUUAGAUUAUGAAGCUGUACAGAAAUACAUUGUCUGGAUUGAGGCUAGAGAUAUGGGCUUCCCACCAUUCUCUUCUUAUUUAAAACUGGAAAUAACAGUGAUAGAUAUAAAUGAUAACGCACCAUUAUUUGAACAAGAUCCAUUCUUUGUUGAAGUAUUGGAAAACCUUUCACCUUUUAAAAUAAUUACUGUAGCUGCAGUUGACAAUGAUAAUGGGCCAAAUGGACAGUUGAAUUAUGAAAUAAUUAAUGGUAAUAUAGAGAACAGCUUCACUAUUCAUCAUACAACUGGUGAAAUUAGAAGUGUCAGGCCUUUAGACAGGGAACGAGUAGGCCAAUAUACCCUAACUGUAAAAGCUUCAGAUAGAGGUACUCCUACACAAAGUGCAGUUGUCCAAGUACUUAUCAAUGUUUUAGAUGAAAAUGACAAUGCACCCAAAUUUUCUCAGAUAUUUAGUGCUCUUGUGCCUGAAAAUGCACCUUUGGGCUACACUGUUACACGAGUCACAACAUCAGAUGAAGAUGCUGGAAUAAAUGCAAUCAGCAGAUAUUCAAUAAGGAAUACAAAUAUACCAUUUGUUAUAAAUCCUAACACAGGAGAUAUAACAAUUAGCAGGCUUCUAAACAGAGAAGAUACAGAUCGCUACAGGAUUCGAGUUUCAGCACAUGACUCUGGAUGGACUGUUAGCACAGAUGUGACCAUAUUUGUGACAGACAUCAAUGACAAUUCUCCACGAUUUACAAAACCAUCUUACUACUUGGAUUAUCCUGAAAGUAAUGAAGUUGGAUCCAGAGUGACCCAAAUAUCUGCCACAGAUCCAGAUGAGGGAACUAAUGGACAAGUCUUCUAUUUCAUAAAAUCUCAAUCAGAGUUUUUCAGAAUUAAUGCAUCUACAGGGGAGAUUUUCAGUAAGCAGCCUUUAAAGUUCCAAAACUCCAGUGCUUCUAAUCAUGUCAAUCUUAAUAGACACAGCUUUAUAGUUAUCUCCUCAGAUCGAGGUAGCCCCGCAUUGGUGAGUGAGACUACAGUCACAAUAAAUAUUGUGGAUAGCAAUGACAAUGUACCCCAGUUUGUCUUCAAUCAAUAUUUUACACCUGUUACUAAAAAUGUUGCCAUUGGGACCAAACUAAUUAAAGUAACUGCAGUUGAUUCUAAAGACUUUGGUCUGAAUGCAGAAAUUGAAUACAGUAUUUCAAAUAAAAACCCUACAGAUAAAUUUAUUUUAGAUAGUAAGACUGGAUGGAUUUCAGUGGCCUCUUCAUUGAUGAAUGAAAUGAAUAAAAGCUUUCUAAUAAAAAUAAAAGCUAAGGACAAAGGUAAUCCUCCUCUUUCAUCAGAAGUGCCUGUACAUAUAGCAGUAACAGAGGAAAAUUACUAUACGCCAGAGUUUUCUGAAAGACAUUUAAGUAUUACUGUUCCUGAAAGUCAUGCUGUUGGAGCGAUUCUUAGGACCAUGUCAGCAGGGGACAAAGAUGCUGCUAUGAAUGGAGUAAUCCAUUAUAAUAUUUCUUCUGGAAACGAGGCUGGAUGCUUUGCAAUUAAUUCAUCUACUGGUGCACUAUAUCUUGCCAAGUCCCUUGAUUAUGAGCUAUGCCAAAAGCAUGAGAUUACUGUAAGUGCUAUAGAUGGAGGGUGGGUUGCUAGAACUGGAUACUGUAGCAUUAUUGUGAAUGUUAUUGAUGUGAAUGAUAAUUCUCCAGCUUUUAUUCCAGAAGAGUAUUUUCCCAGUGUUUUAGAAAAUGCUCCUAGUGGAACAACUGUUAUUCAUCUCAAUGCAUCCGACAUGGAUUCUGGACACAAUGCUGUGAUUGCCUAUGCAGUUCAAUCUUCAGACAGUGACUUGUUUGUUAUCGAUCCUAACACUGGAAUUAUAACCACUCAAGGCUUCCUAGAUUAUGAGACCAAGCAGAACUAUCAUUUAACCAUAAAAGCAUUUAAUGUUCCUGAUGAGGACAAAUGCAGCUUUGCUAAUGUCAACAUACAUUUAAGAGGAACAAAUGAAUAUGUGCCACGAUUUGUAUCUAAGCUUUACUAUUUUGAGAUUUCUGAAGCUGCUUCUAAAGGAACUAUUGUAGGAGAAAUUUUUGCAAGUGAUCGUGAUUCAGGGAUUGAUGGAGAUGUCCACUAUUUAAUAUUUGGUAGUAGUAGAAAAAAAGGUUUUCAGAUUGAUGAUAGGAGUGGGCAGAUUUAUGUCACAGGUCCUCUUGAUAGAGAAAAAGAAGAACGGAUCUCUCUGAAAGUGCUUGCAAAAAAUGCUGGGAGCAUUCGUGGUGCAGAUAUAGAUGAAGUGGUUGUUAAUAUCACAAUAUUAGAUGCCAAUGAUCCCCCCAUCUUCAACUUGGAGUCCUAUAAUGUCCGAAUCAGUGAAGGUGUUCCUGUUGGGACCCAUGUCACAUUUGUAAGUGCCUUUGACUCUGAUUCUCUCCCUAGCUGGAAUAGGUUCUCCUAUUUUAUUGGUAAUGGAAACAACAACGGUGCCUUUUCAAUUAACCCACAGACAGGGCAAGUCACAGUGAUUGCAGAGCUUGAUCGAGAAGCCUUGCCAGUUUACAACCUCUCUAUAUUAGCAAUCGAUUCAGGAAGCCCAUCAGCAACAGGCAGUGCCUCUUUAUUGGUAACUUUGGACGAUAUCAAUGACAAUGGCCCCAUUCUUUCUACCACUGAAGGAGAAAUAAUGGAAAACAACCGGGCAGGGACAUUUGUGAUGACGCUUCAGUCCUCUGACCCUGAUCUUGCUCCAAAUCAAGGUCCCUUUUCUUAUUAUUUGCUUAGCAGUGGUACAGCGACCAAUUAUUUUAGUCUUAGUACUGCUGGAGUUUUAACCACAACUAGAGAAAUUGACAGAGAACAAAUCAGUGACUUCUAUUUGUCAGUAAUUACAAGAGACUCAGGCAUUCCUCAGAUGUCUUCCACAGGAACAGUUCAUGUAAAGGUAAUUGACAAAAAUGAUAACCCAUCACAAUCUAGAACAGUAGAGAUCUUUGUUCACUAUUAUGGAAAUAUAUUUCCUGGAGGAACAUUAGGCAGUGUAAAACCUCAGGAUCCUGAUAUUUUAGAUACCUUUCAAUGUUCCCUUACAUCGGGAAUUACAAGCCUCUUCAAUAUUUUACCAAACACUUGUGACUUGAAUUCCCUGGCAAGAUCAACGGAUGGAACAUUUGACCUGACAGUUUUAAGCAAUGAUGGCUUGCACAACUCUGUUAUUAAUGUCAUUAGAGUUUUCUUUUCAGGAUUCAAUAAUGCCACUCUUGAUAACAGCAUUCUUCUUCAACUUAAUGUGCCAUCCUUGAAAGAAUUUCUGACUAAUCAUUAUCUUCAUUUUCUACGGAUUGCCAAUUCCCAAUUAACUGGACUAGGAACUACAGUACAACUCUAUGGGAUAUUUGAGAACAACAAUCAAACUUUUUUAAUGGUAGCUGUGAAGCGGAACAACUACCAGUAUGUGAGUUCUGGUAGUGUGACUACUUUCUUUGAAAGUAUCAAGGAAAUUAUCUUUCGCCAAACUGGUGUGCAAAUACGAUCUGUGGAUCAUGAUUCUUGCUUACAAAACCCUUGUCAAAAUGGAGGUAGCUGCUUGAAGAAACUGGCUGUGAAUCCUAAAUUAAGAAGCUAUGACAGUGUGCCAGUCAUUAUCAUGGCAAAUGAACCUCUUCAGCCUUUUACGUGCAGAUGCAUGCCAGGAUAUGAUGGAGCAUUGUGCGAAACUGAUGUUGAUGAAUGCUUUCCAUCUCCUUGCCACAAUGGCGGAACUUGCCAUAAUCUGGUAGGAGGAUUCUCUUGCAGUUGUCCCACAGGUUUUACUGGAAUAGCCUGUGAGAGAGAUGUAAAUGAAUGCCUAUCCAGCCCUUGUAAAAACGGUGCCCUCUGCCAGAACUUCCCAGCAAACUUCAACUGUAUUUGCAAACCUGGUUAUACAGGAAAAACCUGUGAGUCCAGCAUCAACUAUUGUGAAUGCAAUCCCUGUUUCAAUAGGGGAUCCUGUCAAAAUGGCGUGGAAGGAUACUAUUGUCAUUGUCCAUUUGGUGCUUUUGGAAAACAUUGUGAAGUAAAUAGCUAUGGAUUUGAAGAAUUAUCAUACAUGGAAUUCCCCAGUAUGGAUCCAAACAACAAUUACAUUUACAUAAAGUUUUCAACAAUCAAAAGUAAUGCUCUUAUGUUAUAUAAUUAUGAUAACCAGACUGGUGAUCGGGCAGAAUUCUUGGCACUUGAGAUAACAGAAGAAAGGUUGAGAUUUUCAUAUAAUCUUGGCAGUGGCACAUAUAAACUUACCACAGCAAAGAAGGUGUCUGAUGGACAAUUUCACACUGUUAUUGCUCGGAGGGCAGGAAUGGCAGCAUCCUUGACUGUGGACUCUUGCUCUGAUGAACAGGAACCAGGCUAUUGCACUGUUAGCAAUGUGGCUGUGUCUAGUGAUUGGACCUUAGAUGUACAGCCAAACAGAGUAACCAUUGGAGGUAUCAAAUCUCUAGACCAAGUCCUUCAAAGAAAAGGACAGGUGGAAAGCCAUGAUUUUGUGGGUUGCAUAAUGGAAUUUGCAGUCAAUGGACGUCCCUUAGAACCAAGCCAAGCAUUGUCAGCUGAAGGCAUCUUAGAUCAGUGUCCUAGACUGGAAGGAACAUGUGCUAUUAACCCUUGUCAACAUGGUGGCACAUGUGUGGAUCAUUGGUCAUGGCAACAGUGUAUUUGUAAAGAAGGACUGACAGGAAAGCACUGUGAAAAAUAUCUUACAGCUGACACUGCCUUGUCCUUAGGGGGCAAAGGACGUCUUGACUAUCAUCUGAGGCAAAAUAGAAAAUGGGAAUAUAUGAUGAGAUAUUACAUUGGAAAUGCCAUUAUAGAGCCUAGAAAUAUGGAUAGUCUGGAAGUUAAAUUCCGGACCAGGAGUAAAAGUGGAGUAUUAAUCCAUAUUCAGGAAAACAGCAACUAUACUACUGUGAAGAUAAAAAAUGGCAAAGUGCAGUAUAUUUCUGAUGCUGGAGUAGGUGGAAAGGUGGAAAGAAGUAUUCCUGAAGCUUAUGUUUCUGAUGGUCACUGGCAUCUUCUGUUAAUUGAAAAGAAUGGUACAUCCACAAUAAUCACUGUUGACAAGAUGUAUAGUAGAGACAUUCUACAUGUCACACAAGAUUUUGGAGGACUAAAUGUCUUGACAAUUUCUCUUGGUGGUAUCCCAAUUAACCAGCUGUCUAGAAGCAGUGAACCAGAUUUUGAUGGAUGCGUUGCCUUCUUGAAAUAUGGUGAAGAAAGCCUUCCCUUCACAGGACAACAUAGCCUUGCUACCAUAUCUAAAUCAGAUUCCUCUGUGAAGAUUGGCUGUCGUGGUCCCAACAUUUGUGCCAGCAAUCCUUGUAGAGGAGAACUAAUGUGCAUUAACCAGUGGUAUACGUAUGAAUGUGUUCAUCCUGGAGCUUGUGCAUCUAACCCCUGUCAGAAUGGAGGUACUUGUGAACCUGAUGAAAGAGCUGGAUUUAUUUGCAGUUGUCCAGAAUCACACACUGGAGCAACAUGUGAAAUACUAGUUGUGUGCCUUGGUGUCAUAUGUGCCCAGGGACAUGUAUGCAAGGCAGGAAUAAAUGGUGCCUAUGUAUGUAUCCCUCAGCUCUAUCCAGCUGAACUUUCUUUACCACUGUGGGCUGUUCCAGCCAUAGUGUGCAGCUGUGCUACUUUGUUGGCAUUGCUUGUGCUUAGCUUGAUCCUGUGCAAUCAGUGCAAAGGAAAGAAGGCAAAAGUUCCAAAAGAGGAGAAGAAAACAAAGGAAAAGAAAAAGAAGGGCAGUGAGAACGAUGCGUUUGAUGAUCCUGAUAAUAUCCCACCCUAUGGUGAUGAUAUGACCAUCCGGAAGCAACCUGAAGGAAACCCAAAACCUGACAUAAUUGAAAGAGAAAAUCCUUAUCUCAUAUUUGAUGAAACAGAUAUAUCACACAACACAGAGACUAUACCCAGUGCUCCUCUAGCUUCCCCAGAAGCAGAGAUAGAACACUAUGACAUUGAUAAUGCAAGCAGUAUAGCUCCUUCAGAUGCAGACAUCAUUCAGCAUUAUAAGCAGUUCCGAAGUCAUACUCCUAAAUUUUCCAUUCAGAGGCAUAGUCCAUUAGGAUUUGCCAGACAGUCACCUAUGCCCUUGGGAGCAAGUAGCUUAACCUACCAGCCUUCAUAUAGUCAAGGUCUAAGGACAACUUCACUAAAUCAUUCUGCUUGCCCUACACCAAACCAUCUUUCUCGUCAUAGUCCUGCUCCAUUCUCCAAAGCAUCCACUUUCUACAGAAAUAGUCCAGCAAGGGAAAUGCAUCUUUCUAUAAGAGAAGGGAGCCCUUUAGAAAUGCACAAUGAUGUCUGCCAAACUGCUAUCUUUAAUUAUCCCAGUAGACUAGGGAGAAGAAGCAAAAGUCCCCAAAUGAUGACCGGUCAUAGUUCGAGGCCUGGAAGUCGCUUAAAGCAACCAAUAGGACAAAUUUCUCUCGAAAGUGGUCCUCCUGUAGGGCUUUCCAUUGAAGAGGUAGAAAGACUUAACACUCCACGCCCUAGAAAUCCGAGCAUCUGCAGUGCUGAUCAUGGAAGAUCUUCUUCUGAGGAAGACUGCAGAAGGCCUCUGUCAAGAACAAGAAAUCCAGCUGAUGGUAUUCCAGCUCCAGAAUCAUCAUCUGACAGUGAUUCCCAUGACUCUUUUACAUGUUCUGAGAUGGAGUAUGAUCGAGAAAAACCCAUGGUGUAUACUUCAAGAAUGCCCAAACUUUCUCAAGUUAAUGAAUCAGAUGCUGAUGAUGAAGACAAUUAUGGUGCUAGACUUAAGCCUAGGAGAUAUCCAGGCCGCAGAGGAGAAGGUGGUGGUCCUGUGGGUGCACAAGCACCUGCACCUGCAUCCAGCAUUAAUGAUACUUCCCCUUUAAAACUUGGACCACAAGGAGGGAACUUCAACUGGGACAACCUUUUGAACUGGGGCCCUGGAUUUGGGCAUUAUGUAGAUGUUUUUAAAGAUUUAGCAUCUCUUCCAGAAAAGACAGGAACAAAUGUAAGUGAGGAGUGCAGAAAUGGUACAACGCAACCAAAAGAUGGAGAAGCUGAACAGUAUGUAUAGAACUUCGUACUGACAUUAUCAAAAUACAAGUACAUAAAAUACUCAAGACAUUGUGUCAGUGUAGAUAAAAAAGGACACACUUUGUUUUAGCCAGGGCCAGUGGUUAGACACAUUUAAAAUAAUCACAACUAUGCUGCUGAGAAGGACAAAUACUUGUUGUUGUUGUUUUAUUUAAUUACAGUUGGUUAAAUUUGUUUCUAUUGCAUGCAUUAUAUUUUCAAGCAAGAUAUCUUAUAUUUGGCAUCUGGAUCUUUAUUCUUUAUUUCUUGUUUGGUUUGUGAUUUUUAAGUUAAGAAUGAUUAGCUCUAAAGAUGAUUGCAAAAUGUUUUGUUGUGAGGGGCGUGUUUGUACACAAGUUGAAUAUGUUGUUUUGAAAUGUAAAAAUAUCAACUAUGUUGAUUUGUUGAGAGAAGCAAUUUUGCAGAUGAUGAAUGAUGGAAUGAAAUUAUUGUAUUCUUCCUGAAACUAUAUUUCCUAUCCCUCGGUUGCUCAAAUAUGAAUAUUUCAAAGAAUGAUAAGCUUAAGCUUAUUAUUGAUCUAUGUUCAAGGGGUCCUGUUAACCAGUUCAAGCUCAUGAGCACUUUAGGAUUUCAUUAUUUUUGACAAGGAUGUGUGAGAACUUCUGAAUGAUUUUUUUUCCUUGUUUCCCCAAAUUGCAGUAUUUUUAGCUUGUAUGGAAACUGAUAUAUAGUACAUUAUAAAAUUGAACAAACAACAGAGUUUAUCGAACAGAUAAUGUGGUUGAAUGCAAAGUGAGAAUAGAAAACUGAGCUCUUUUGGUUCCAAAUUAAUACCAACUUUGGCUUGACAAACCACCCUAUUGAUAUUUCAAUUCUGUCAUCUGGACAAAUGAGAAGAUACUAUAAGUAAUAAAAAUGAUGACUCUAACUCACAGGAGGCAUAAGUAUUAAAAAGGCAUAUAGCACUAUACUAAGUAUUAUUAUGGUUAUUAUUCUAAGCACUGCUUCCUGCAGGAUCUUUGAGUGAUCUUUUUGUUACACUGCAGAGUAUUAUAUGAUAGAAGAAUUUGAAAUAAACAUAUUUAUUAAAAGUAUAAGUUGUUGCACUCUUGGAACAGGAGACCAGUUUUAAAAAUGUACUCAUAGUGCAGCCAUAGAAGUGUCUACUCAAGAUCAAGUUCCAUCAAAUUCAGCAUGUAUAAAUUUGAAAUCUGGGUUGUAAUUUCACUUCCUAUCCUGGGGGUGGGGGUGGGGUGGGGUUAAAUUAUCUGAACUUAAUGAGAUUUUUGAGUAGCUGUGUAUGAUUGCCCUAUUAGUAAUGCAAUACAGAUACUCUAGUUUGGAAGAUAUACAUGUGGAAUCAGCUGUGAACAGCAGAAAUAACUUUUAUCUUUAAAAUGCUUUGUGAAAAUAUGAUAGCACAGUCUCUAUCUGAUGCUAUUUUAUGUAUUUUAAAGACAAAAGCAGAAAGUUAUGAAUAUUUGCAUGCAACAUUCUUUAUUUCUAUGAUACAUAUAUGUAUUUUGCUCAGGUAUUCAUAACUGAGUAUGAAGUUUAUCUUAACAAGUUUAUUCUAAGAAUUGAUCAUGUAAUAAGGGGAAUCCUAAAUGUCACUUAUAAAAGAUAAUAUUUUUAAACAUCUCUGUUUUAAAUUUGGGGGAUGUAUACAAUGCCCUUAUGUUUCCAUGAAGCUUCUAUUAUACUGUGUAAAAAAUGUGAGUUUUUUGUGGAGUGGGUUGUUUCUUGUUAAUAUUUUUCUUCGUUUCUUUCUUUCUGCCUGUUUCUUAAUCUAAAUUCUGUUUUUGGUAUCAGCGUUUUCCUAUACAGAAUAGUUUUCUUGCUUUCAGGAAAAGUAAGAAAAAUACUCUUUUUUACAUUUGUUACUUCUGUAACAUUCAUUUUUUCACAUUUUGAUAAAGUUGUAACAGACC